AUGCGACGACGCUUAGUCGCCAUACCAUUACUCAUAUUGGCUGUUACUUUUCAAACAGAAGCCGUCAAGAUUAUAGAUAACGGUCUUGCGCCGCCCGAAAUUGUUCAUACGCCGGUGUCAACGAAACCCAGAUGCAAAGUUUUCGCACCACCUCUCGAUUUGAUUUUUAUCUUGGAUUCUUCUGGAUCCUUGAGAGACAAGUUUCAGGAUGAAAUCGACAUUAUCAGAAGAAUUCUGAAGCAUGUGACGAUUGGAAAAACUGCAACUAGGGUUAUGUUGAUUCAGUUCAGUGGAACGCAACACUUGGAAUUCAAUUUCGAAAAAUUCACUGAUCGAGAAGAGUUGCUUGCGGCGUUGGACGUUCUUCGUCAUGUUUCCGGAAUUACGAGAAUCGGUGGGGCCUUUGAAUUCGCGCUUCAGCAAUUGAAGACUCCUGGAAGUGGUCUUCGUGAUGGAACUGUACCAAAAAUCGUCUAUCUUCUGUCCGACGGUCGUACUCAUGACUAUCCAAAGGAUUGGCAAAUGUCUGAUGUCUUGAGAAGAGAAAUCCCAAAUAUUGACAUCUGGGCUUACGGUACUGGCGACUAUGUGGCAAUGGCAGCCUUGGCUAAUUAUACUCAAUCGGAGCAGAAAAUUGUGACAAAUCAGAAUUUGCAAAAGCUGGAACCUCAAUUUGAAAAGUAUCAUGGAACGGAGAUUUGUGAGCAGCAGCCGACUUGUGUGAAAGGAUCAGACAAACCAUUGGACCUUGCUCUUGUGGUUGACGCUUCGGAGUCCUUGGAUCAUCUUUUCAGCGAUCAGAAAAAAUUCCUGGUCGAUCGAGUUUUGGGAAACAUUAACAUCCAUCCAGAAGCCGUCCGUGUUGCAUUGAUAACCUACUCUGGACAAGCAUUCGUUCAUUUUAAAUUCAAUUCGUUCUUGUAUGGAAAUAACACUUCAGUACAGGGAUUCGUAAAGAAUAUUCGAUCAAUCAAAGGAACAACAGCUACAAAUGUGGCAUUGAUGGAUGCAUUUGAUCUUCUGACUUCAAAAGAUCCAUCGACUGGAAUUAGAGAAGGUGUGCCGAAAAUGGCAUUGGUUCUUACUGAUGGACAUUCUCAUAGAUCUCCUAAAGACAUGGCUGAAAAAAUGCGUGCAGCCGGAAUCAUAAUGAUUGCCGUAAGUGUCACUCCUCGUCCAUUGGUGGAUGAAGCUGAACUUCGAUUGAUUGCUGGAUCCGAGAAACGUGCAUUCACACCACCGAACCUUCAUGAAUUUGAAAGUGAAUUCAUGAAAUACGUUGGUUUUGGAUGCGAUGGAAUCGAGUUGCCUCCAGAUGCAAAACCUCAAGUUAGAGGAGCCACUGAUGUGAAAUGUACGGAACAUUCGAUGAGCAUUGUGGUCCGGACUCAAAGAGCACUUCAAGGACUGAUGUAUGCUCAUAUGUAUCAUGAUGAGCCAGAGUGUAUGAUGAAGAAGACCGAUAAUAACAGAGAGAUUCAAAUGACUUUUAUGGAGGGAAAAUGUGGUCUGGUGAAGACACCAUCAGCGGUAAGUAAGCGUCAACUUUGA